GUCUGCAGUAGAACUAGUGACCUUUGAGGAAGUGGCUGUGUAUUUCACGGAGGAAGAGUGGGCUCUGCUGGACCUGAGUCAGAGAGCAUUUUACUGGGGCGUCAUGCAGGAGAAUUAUGAGACUGUGACCUCGCUGGAAUUCCUGAAUUCCCAACCUGACAUGAUCUUCUGACUGGAAGGAUGGGAGGAGCCGUGUGUCCCUGAUCCCCAGGGCUCUGAGGAAAGGGAGAUCCUGAGAGAUGCCCACACAGCAGGUGAUGGGAUGGUGAGUGAGAGUGAGGAGGCGAACCCUCAGCAGGAAGGUCCCGAGCAACUACAUCGGAUGGUAUCAGGAAGCACUGAUGGAGAUGUUUUCCAAAGUCCUGAGUGUAAAAAAGCCCCUGAGAAUCACUGCAGGCCAGAGAGGUAUCAUGGAAACGACCAAGAAGAGAGAGAGGAUAAAUCCACUCAUUUGAUCAGAGGAGUCGAGAAAAUCAAAGACACUGCUCAGCAGAGAAUUUCCACUGGAGAGAGACCCAACACGUGCAGUGACUGUGGGAAAAAUUCCUUUGGAGGUCUGCCCUUAUCAUGCAUGAGAGAAUCCACACAGGAGAAAAACCUUAUAAGUGUCCUGAUUGUGAGAAAAGGUUCAGCCAGGGCUCAGACCUCACUAAACAUCAGAGUCCACACAGGAGGGAAGCCUUACAAAUGUCUCAAGUGUGGAAAAAGUUUCGGUGAUAGAUCCACCUUCAGUACACACCAGAGAAUCCGCAUGGGAGAGAGACCCUAUAAAUGCCUGACCUGUGGGGAAAGUUUCAGGGAUCGGUCAACCUUUAAUAAACACCAGAGAAUUCACAUGGGAGAGAAACCACAUAAAUGCCCCAAGUGCGGGAAAAAUUUCCAUCAGCUCACACAACUCAUUAGACACAAGAGACUCGACACAGGAGAGAGACCCCAUAAAUGCCUGACCUGUGGGAAAAGCUUCCGGGAUAGAUCCACCUUUAAUGAACACCAGUGAAUCCACACAGGAGAAAAACCUUAUGAAUGCCCAGAGUGUGGGAAAAGCUUCUGGCACAGCUCAACUUUUAUUAGGCAUCAGAGAAUCCACAGAAGACAAAACCCUAGGAGUGGGAUGGACAAAGUGAAUAAUAUCUUUGCUGAUUCCAAUUAACCCCAGAGGGUCAGCCAGGCUAGAGGGGCGAUGUACUGGGGACAUGCAUUAGUUAUUAAAGCAAUGAAUGAAAUAAUCUUUCCAAAACAGAGUCAUGCAGAGCAAGUUUCCUAUGCUGGGAUUCAGAGUAGCAGCCGUGUUAGUCUGUAUUCGCAAAAAGAAAAGGAGUACUUGUGGCACCU